AUGUUUGAGCACUCUAUUAAAGUGCCUAGGCAUUUUAAAAUAUCUGCGAAUAUCGUUAAAAAAGUAGCUACCGAAGGUGGUAGCGUUAAGAAUUUAUUAUACGAUAGUAAAUUGAGGUUCUUCAGAACAAACGUUAUUUAUGCGCUUAUAACUGAAACAAUCAAACAUUCAGAUGACAUAGACAAACUUUUUGAAGUUACCGGUAUUCUCACUAAAGAGCCUAGAUUAGACCCGUGGCUAGCUAAAGUUAUCACAACAGAAUUGUUAUUUGGCAAAAAGGAGCUGCCUGGUCAUAGUAAACCAGAGAAAACUAUUAUCGGUUACAAAGAGCAAUUUGACAGUGUUCCUCUACAACAAGUAGAAGUAAAGCCUGAAGUACGCAGGCCUCGUUAUGUCAGAAUCAAUACCAAUCUUCUUACUACCUCUGAUGCUAUUGGUGCUUUUCAAGAUGAAGGUUACAAAUUCAUUAGAUGCACAUCAGGGUCAUAUGACGAUUACCUCAAACAAAUACAAGGUCUAACAGAAUAUGACUUCACGCAAGAUUAUCAUGUAAAAACUAUGUUUGUUUUCCACCCAAAUACCAAGUUCCAUGACCAUGACUUAUACUUAGAAAAUAAAAUUAUACUACAGGAUAAGGCUACAGCACUGCCUGUUCAUUUAUUGGCUCCUCCACAAGGAAGUGUCGUGCUGGAUAUGUGUGCAGCUCCUGGCAUGAAGACCACACAACUAGCUGCCUUUAUGAGAAAUCAGGGUAAAAUUUAUGCCGUCGAACGCAACGAGGAAAGAUACAAUACGCUUUGUGACUUUGUAAAUAAAACAGAUUCAAAAUGUGUUACUACAAUGCAUAGAGAUUCUUUAGAUAUAAAGAGGGGUGAAUAUGAUGAUGUGGAAUAUAUCAUUCUCGAUCCAAGUUGCUCUGGAUCAGGUAUGCAAUUAUGUAUUCACAAGUAUGUAGAAGAUGUCAGACUGGCUCGGUUAACUUCGCUACAAGAGAAAUUUUUAAAACAUGCCAUGAACGCAUUCCCCAAAGCAAAAAGAAUAGUUUAUAGCACUUGUUCACUUUUUCCUGAAGAAAAUGAACGCGUAAUUUCCAAUGUUGUAAAACUCUCACGCGCAAAAUGGAAGGUCUUAAAUGUCAAAGACCUUCUUAAAGGUAAUUGGAAUAAUUUCGGUUCUGGAAUGUAUGGAGAGAUAGGAACAAGAUGCCUGUACGCGAAGCCCGAUUCCGAUUUGACUACAGGCUUUUUCUUAGCAGUUUUGGAGAGAGAUCCAAAGCAGUCAGAAAAGACAGACAAUACAGAUGUUAAAGAUGAUUCACAGCUUCAAGGUACUUUAAAGGAUCGGAAGAAAUCGACAAACAAUGAUUCAAACUUACAACAGGAUGAGGCUGAAUGUAAUAGUAGUGAACCACUUACCACUUCCAAACAUCGCAGGAAGAAAACUUCAAGUGAUGAUGAUGCGCAGGGCCAAACAAAAUCAAAAAGUGAAUAUGUUUCAGAAGAAAUGAGCAGUAAAAAGAAAAACAAAAAACGAACUGCAGCAGUAAGUAAGGAAGACUUAGAAUGUUUGGAAACAGAAUCAAAAGACCCAGUAGAAAAUGUGGAAAGCAAAAAAUCUAAGAAGAAGAAAAGAGAUAAACCUGAAGAUUCUGAGAUACCCAUAAAUGACAAUAAUGCGUCCGUAUCUAUAGAAAAACAGGAAGAUGUGAAUGAUUCAAAAAAGAAAAAGAAGAAAAAUAAACGGAAAGAAUUUUCCGAUGCGGAUGAUAAAGAUAGCCGUAUGGACAAGGAUGUAAACAAUAGUAUAGAUCUCACGGAUACAACUGAAGAUGCAAUAUAUGCGAAGAAGAAAAAGAAAUCUAAACAUAGCAAAAACGCUGAUAUUCAACAAAAUGAUAUGAGUGAUGAACCUGUUAAAAAGAAAAAGAAGAAGCAUAGUCAUGUCAAAGACUAG